AAAUAUUUGUCCAUCUAUAUGAGCCNAACAAAAGGAGAGCCCAGCAGAAGAUUCCAAAACAGAAUCCACUCUUUGCGUCGCCAGCCAAGCAAAAUCACCACCUCAAACUCACCCAACAACACACACAGUCCCUCGCCGCCAGUAGCCAAACGUUCCGAUCCUUAUCUCCACCGCCGGGUCGCCCCUUUUCUGGCCUGGUUCUCCGGCGACGCACAUGACCCGAACCCCGAGCCCGGAACGAAGAGAAGCGUCCAGAAGCCCCACCCGAACCGGCAUGAGGCUCAUCGUACCGCUACAGGGAGUGGUCCAAGGCAGGGGCGGACUCAUCCUAGGUUCCUUAAUCCCCUGUACCCUCUUCUAUUUCCUUCAAUUCUACCUCAAACGGCACCGUUCACCCCCCUCCGACCCCCCGCCGCCCUCGCCGUCGGCGGCGAACCUUCAAGAGCUGCCGCGCUCCUCCUCCCGCGCCAACCUGCUGGCGCGCGGCUCCACCGGCCGCGCGAGCUUGUCCUCUCGGGCGGCCUCCGUUGCCAGGCCUAACGAUUCACCCUACUACAUUGGUCUGGAUCGAGUGCGGGAGGACCCUUACGAUGAAAUCGCCAAUCAAGAUGGCGUUUUUCAGCUUGGAUUGUCUGAAAACAGGUUGUCUUUGGAUUUAGUAGAAGAGUGGCUUUCGCAAAAUUUGACUGAUUCAAAACUCGGAGUAGGUAGUCAGGCUCUUGGGCUCGGCGGGAUUGCGACGUACCAGCCGAUGGAUGGAUUAAUGGAGUUCAAAGUGGCAAUGGCUGAUUUCAUGACUGAAGUAAUGGGAAGAACAGUAUCUUUCGACCCUUCACGUGUGAUAUUGACUUGUGGUGCAACUCCUGCACUUGAGAUACUAACGUUUUGUCUGGCUGACCAAGGGAAUGCCUUCCUUGUUCCUGCACCCUACUACCCUGGAUUCGACAGGGACAUAAGAUGGAGAACGGGAGUCGAGCUAAUCCCUGUCCACUGCCGAAGCUGUGAUAACUUCACACUAAGCAUUACGGCCCUCGAGCAAACUUUCAACCAGGCCAGAAAACGGGGUCAGAAGGUCCGUGGGAUUCUCCUCACCAACCCAUCCAACCCCAUCGGAAACUUGCUUAGUCGGGACACGCUUUACGAUCUCCUCGACUUUGCCAGGGAGAGGAACAUUCACAUCAUAUCAGACGAGAUAUUCGCGGGGUCCACUUACGGGGACGAACAAUUUGUGAGCAUGGCCGAGAUAGUCGACUCGGAGGAUGCUGACAAGGACAGGGUCCACAUUGUGUACGGCCUUUCCAAGGAUAUUUGCAUCCCGGGCUUUAGAGUUGGGGUUAUAUACUCGUACAACGAGAAUGUUUUAGCCGCGUCCAGGAAAUUGACUCGAUUUUCAUCACUUUCAACCCUGACCCAGAGGAUUCUGGGGCCGAUGCUCUCGGAUAAGAGGUUCACACGGGAAUUUUUGAAGGAAAACAGGAAGAGAAUACGCGAGUCGUGUGAUUUGUUUGUUGCGGGUUUAAGGGAGAUAGGCUUGGAGUGCACGAAAAGCAGUGGGGGAUUGUACUGCUGGGUGGACAUGAGCCGUUUGAUUACUCCUUACAAUGAGAAAGGAGAGCUCGACUUAUGGGAGAAGCUUUUGACUAUGGGCAAGGUUAACGUAACUCCAGGGUCUGCCUGUCAUUGUAUUGAGCCGGGAUGGUUCAGGUUCUGUUUCACGACUUUGAGCGAGAACGAGAUUCCUGUUGUGAUGGAACGAAUACGUAGAGUGGUCGAAAGCUGUAAACCUUCUGUAUAGAAUAUUGUUUGAAAUUUUGUGCAAUGCUAUAUUGCUUGGUCCUUGAAUUGAUUUGCCAGAUUUUGUCGGGUGGUUUUAAGUUUGUUUAUCUUUUCUUUUGAGGAUUGCUAUCGGUAUAAUAACAGUGUUGUAAGUGGAGUCAGUUGCUUGAUUCAACAGAGCUCACCCAAAAAAAAAAAAAAAAA